AUGGACAAUGGCAAUGAUGAUGAUUUUGAGUAUGGUCCUUGGAUGAAAGGGUCUAAAUUACCAACUACUGGUUAUGACAAGUAUAGGAAUGAUUUUGCUAAGGGCAAUGCUUGGCCACUCUUGACUCGCCUGACCCGUCAAUCUUUGUCAUCUACAAUCCCGACUCUCAAUAACAGACAACAACCACAACCAAAAAUACUUUUCCAUGGUGAGUCUUCUACUUCCACACCUAAUUUGUCUCGACAUGCUCACAACACUUCUGCUUCCUUUCACCAGUACUCACGGCCUACCCACACUUUGCCUCAAUCAUCAUCUUCUAUACCCUCAAAUACUCACCUACCUUCCACCACAACUGCUCCUCAAGAUUCAUCGUUAAAUAUUUGCACCACAACAUCUCUAACUUUGCCACUGCCAUCUUCUUCUACACCCCCUCAUUACCACCUUUCUAGCAUCACGUCUGCUGCAUCAAACAUGAUCAUCUCGGAUCAAUUUACAUCUCCCACCAUAUCCCCUCACGCUAGAAGCCUUCCCUCUCUCUCCUCCAAUCCUAUCACUACUGCUAAUCUAAGCCACAUAUUCACCCCUGAUAUUGGAUCUUCUCAUACUCCUCAUAUUCCCUAUGCAACCUAUCCACCUAUAACCCUGUCUACCAUUCCUAUGAACCUUUCGCCGAUGCAUGCUACUUCUACCAUAACACCACCUCUCAUAACAACUUCCCAGCCACAUAUAUCAACCACCAGUACCAGCCCAUAUCCCAGCAAAGAAAACAUUCAUCCCAACCGUAUGUUCAAACGACAAACUGAUGCUCCAACCAUGAGACAAAUGCUUAAGAGAUGCCGCAACCAAAACAACAAUGUUGUCCCCUCAUUCUCGUCAAUAGGGAAUUGCUCACACCAGAUUGUUUCCUCAACUUCCAAGGAUUCAGAUGGUGAUUCUGACGAUUCAGCGGAGAUUGCUUUGAAAUCUCGCAAGGCAUUAUGA